CUUCAAGGACCAAUAGGAGUCACGCUACCGGAAGUUCAAGGCAGGCGGUUUUGCGUUCAAAGAGAUGGUGAGGUUUAAGAACAGGUACUUCCUCUGUGAAAUUAUCUCUGAUGACUCCCGCUUUCAGCAAUGCCUUGAUGAACGUGCUGUGCACAAUACAGUGAAGAAUGUCAUUGCUAGGAUGCAUGGAGAUUUUGGUCUGGCUUGCUGCUCCAUUGCAUUCUCAGUGAAGUAUCUCAAUGCCUACACAGGGAUAGUACUCUUGUGCUGCCGGAAAGACUUUCAUCGGCUUCUUUGGUCGUCUCUGCCUUUUAUAACUUACUUGGAGAGCAGGAACCAACGUUACCCAUGUUCCUUUAAUACGCUCCAUGUUGGAGCUACAAUAAGAACAUGUCAGAAAUUCCUGAUUCACUACAACAGCAAUCAGUUACUGGCGUUGCUGCGCAACUGCACCAGUGAAGCAGAUAGACAAGCCAUCCAGGAAUCAGUGCAAAGCUGUAUGUUUGUGGAAGAGGAACAGUUUCACAGCAAGGAUGAAGAAAGUGAUGAUAGCAUGCAGAUGGCAUGAAAUUACUUGGGGAUUCCUUUUAAAGCAAGGCCCGUUACCACCCCUCCCUCCUUAUUUAAAUAAAAGAAUUAUGAACAUACCUGUCCUAAAGAUAAGGUAAAUAACUUUUAAAAACUGCAUCCAUUUUGCCUUUUUCUUAGAGCAACAGUUCUGUAAUAAGUUUUAAGGUGUUCCAAAAGUACUUGAUGAGAAAUUUGAUCGUUGCAUCAUGAGGGAAAAGGGAAAUCAUAUUGCCUGUAAUAUAGUUCUUCACAUUAUCCUGGUUUAGCUGUAACUGAAAAAGCAUUUUGCCUUUCCUGAAAGACUCAGAAGAGACAAUACUUGCCCCAGGAGACUCCAAGAGGCAGUCAGCAUAAAUGUAGUUUAUCUGGAUAUGGUCAAACACCCUUGAAGCCUUGAGGAGACAGAGGACUACUUUUGUUGAAUAGAAGAUAGAACUGACAGUCCCAGUUUUAAAACUGAAGGCUUCAAUAGACAGACACAUACAAGCUAGAAUUCAGACCAAAAAGGCUUGGCUGUAAUAAUAGAGCUUGGAGGAAAAAAUCCUUUAUAGUUUACAAGCUACUGAAAAGUUUAGAACACUGAUCCAGGAGAGUAUGAAACUCCAAUGCUGCCCUUGAAAUGCUAAGGCAAAGAAUCAGGAUCUACAAGGAGCACAUGAUCUAUUGUGUUUUCCAAAGGUCACAAGAGCCUCCUUAGGCUUACAAAGCUAGCAGGGCCAUGCCUUAACAAGAUAUGCUGG